AUUAUCCCUGUAUUCUAUUUUUAGAUGGGAUUAUCCCUGUAUUCUAUUUUUAGAUGGGAUGAUCCCUGUAUUAAGAGAACAGAGGAUCCAAAUGUUCUGGACAUCAAAGAAUGCCAGAUUACAACCUGUCAUGAUGGAGUACAAGAUAUUUCCAACUGCAUGAUGUCCCCUGUUAAAAUGAGCUCUCCUCACUUCUACUUAGCUGAAGCACAGCUUGAAAACUUUGAAUCUGGAUUGACCCCUGAUGCUGACCUGCACAUGACCAUCCUGGACAUAGAACCUAUUACUGGGAUGACCGUUAGCGCACAUAAGAGAAUUCAGGUGAAUAUGCCUAUUACUCCUACAGGAAUUCCUAAUAUUAUUUUCCUGGAAAAUAUAAUUCCUGUCCCAGCUUUUCCUGUUCUUUGGUUGGAUGAGGGAGCAGAUAUUGAUCAGGUUAAAAAAUAUUUUAAAUUUUCAAUUAUUGGUUACCAUCUUAGUCUCACUGUUUAG